GUUGCGGUGGCGCGGAGAAGUCUGCAAAACAAGAGGCUGAGGAUUGGCUUAGCGAUAAACCAGUUCACGCCGGAGCCCAGCAAGGGAGCGUCUCGGUCGGACCCGGCCGCUCGGCGGGACUCUGAGGAAAACCUUCGCCCGGCUAGGAGGACGCCGUCUGUCAUCAUGGGCAAAGGAGACCCCAACAAGCCGCGGGGCAAGAUGUCCUCGUACGCCUUCUUCGUCCAGACCUGCCGGGAGGAGCACAAGAAGAAACACCCCGACUCUUCCGUCAAUUUCUCCGAAUUCUCCAAGAAAUGUUCCGAGAAAUGGAAGACCAUGUCUGCCAAGGAAAAGUCAAAGUUCGAAGACAUGGCGAAGAGUGACAAAGCUCGCUAUGACCGGGAGAUGAAUUAUGUUCCCCCCAAAGGUGACAAGAAAGGGAAGAAAAAAGAUCCCAAUGCUCCUAAAAGGCCUCCAUCUGCCUUCUUCCUGUUUUGCUCUGAACAUCGCCCAAAGAUUAAAAGCGAACACCCUGGUUUGUCCAUUGGGGAUACUGCAAAAAAAUUGGGUGAAAUGUGGUCUGAACAAUCAGCCAAAGAUAAGCAACCAUAUGAACAAAAAGCAGCUAAGCUAAAGGAGAAAUAUGAAAAGGAUAUUGCUGCAUACCGUGCCAAGGGCAAA